UGGUGAUGGUGGUAGUGGUGGUGCUACCCCAAGAGGUAGCAGCCACAAUUGUGCGAUGAAAGUGAACCGUGGCCUGGCGGGCCUUUCUCGUCGCGUUCACUUUCAAUCGACUCGCUAACGGCGAGGAUCACGGACGUGGCUAACUGCUUGCAAUCAACCAACAACUGGACUGUCCGCGGCUGUGCUGUUCCGUGACCGUGCGUGUGUGUGUGUGUGAGAGAUAAAACAAUUGUUGUUUUGGAAAGUGCAACCGCAACCGAUCGGCGAUCGCGCGUGUCACAAUGGUGGAGAAGAACUUCGUGAACGUUUUUAUCCUGGGCGGCGGGUUUAUGCUGAUCUUUACCUCCUUUCAAACGCUGGGCAAUAUUGAGCAAACCAUCAUCGACAGCAUCAAGAAGGAUCUACCCUCCUUCACCGGCGACGGAUAUACCAGCUUGGCCAUUAUCUAUGCUGCCCUCUCUUUAUCAAACUGGGUCACGCCGUCGGUGCUGUCCGCCAUCGGGCCGCGCCUGGCGAUGACCAUCGGAGCUAUCACCUACUGCCUGUUCAUGGCCAGCUUCUUCCUGCCGCACGUGGCACUGCUGUAUGGAUGUAGCAUUGUACUCGGAGCCGGCGCUGCCCUCAUUUGGACCGGCCAGGGCAUGUACUUGUCCCAGUGCAGUAACUCCCAGACGAUAUCACGCAAUUCGGGCGUGUUCUGGGCGAUGCUCCAGCUGAGCAUGUUUUUUGGAAAUCUGCUGGUGUUCUUUACGUUUCAGGGCAAAACGCACAUCGACGAGCAAACACGGAACGUCGUAUUUUCGGCGCUGAUUGCCGUCGGGAUCAUCGGUCUGGUGAUGCUCGCCUGCCUGCGUCAUCCAGCAACGGAUCGUGAUGCCCCGGUUGAGGUAACUUCACCGGUACGCCCCAAGGAAGCGUUCCUCAACGCCGUUCGGUUGUUCCGAACGAAGCGCAUGCUGUUGCUGUGCAUCACUUUCGUGUACACCGGGCUCUCGCUGUCAUUCUUUAGCGGUGUGUACGGAUCCAGCAUCGGUUUCACAAACGCAAUCGGCACCUCGGCGAAGCAGUUCGUCGGCCUGAACGGCGUUUUCAUCGGCGUGGGCGAAGUGUUGGGUGGGGUGGCGUUCGGCCUGCUUGGCACAAAAUUAACCGGGCGUUGUGGCCGCGAUCCGGUCGUGAUCGUCGGUGGCGUACUGCACCUCGCGUCCUACUUCCUGAUUUACCUCAAUCUCCCCAAUGCGGCCCCGUUCGGCAAUACGGAUGCCGUCUCGUACAUCCAACCGCCGAGUGCGGUCGCGGCCAUGGCCUGCUCGUUCCUUCUCGGUCUCGGCGACGCUUGCUUCAACACCCAGUGCUACUCGAUGCUCGGUGGCGUCUUCAAGAACGAGCCCGCAGAGGCGUUUUCGAUAUUCAAAUUUACCCAGUCCGUGGCCGCUGCCGCCAGUUUUGUCUACUCGUCGUACUGUGGCCUGCACGCUCAGCUGAUCAUACUUGUCGUACUCGGCAUCCUCGGAACCAUCUCCUUCUGUCUGGUCGAGUUCGCUGUCAAGAAAGAGCGGCCCGCGUUGGAGCGAGAGUAUGAGAAAUAGUUAGUUCCGGAUGCUUGCCCUAAAAAUAAAAACCAAUGGGCACCGCUUCCUCUUACCCUGCUCACGCCGGUUGAAGUCCGCGACAGGAAAGUGCUGAAUUUGCUUCCCGAACCGUCCAUUAGCGGCAACGAUGCCUCCAAAAUACACGGGACUGUCUUCUAGGAUAGAAUACCAAUGAAGGAGACAAAACAAGCUUUAUAUUUACGUACAUAAAUGUUUUAAAUCGAUUGAACAAAUUAUUUUACUUUACAACAUUGUUAUAUUGUCCUGUGUUAUCAAACUGAUUUUAAAUUGGCAUAUCCUAGAGCAGAAUUCGAUUAAGAUAGGUACUCACCUGCCGCAAGCGGGAUACGUGCAGCCUCAGAAUGAGCCAAAAGGGCAAAAAGGGUCACCACCAGUACUACGAAGACGAUGAUGAUGUUGCGCGCUGCGAACGGCUACCGGUGAGGAGUUGUUUAAAUAAAAAUAAAUAAAAUUAUAUAUAUAUUGUAAGAAACACAAAUAAAUAAAGCAGCAUCAUC